AUGCAGAAUGAUGUUAGCUUGAUCACAGCUUUAGUGGAGCGUUGGAGACCCGAGACCAACACUUUUCACUUCACUUUCGGGGAGAUGACUGUGACCCUUGAAGAUGUAUAUAUGUUGAUGGGUCUACCAGUGGUUGGAGAGCCAAUUAGAUCCGAUGAUGAUAUUCCACAUAGGAGUACAUGGCUUCGAAGAUGGCACGAUCCAGAACUUACAGAGGAGCAAAGGAAAUCUGCCUUGGACCGUGGUGGUGUGAAGUUGAAAUUUUUGAGAGCGCAGUAUGGUACUUGCCCUUCGAGUACAGAUCGGGAUAUGAUGGUGAUAUACACUCGGGCAUAUGUUCUCUACUUGUGUGGGGCAAUACUGUUUCCUACCAAGUCCAACAAUGUCGUCCACACUCGACUGAUCCUAUUUCUAGAGGAUCCGAGCAAAAUUUAUGGAUAUGCUUGGGGGGCUGCAGUUCUUGCAUAUCUAUAUAGGAAUUUGCAAGAGGCUAGUAGAAAGGAUGUCAGGUCCAUAUCCGGUUGUACAACAGUUUUGAUGCUAUGGUCUCGUGAGAGGUUGCGCCCGGGACAACCUUUGAUAGCAGAAAAUACGAGGAUGAUAUGGGCUAGGGCAUUAGCAUGGGCUGUUGCUCCAGUCUCUGCAGGGAGGUCAAAGUUCUACAACGUUCAUCACAACAUCGAUGCAUACAGAGGUAUGUUCGAUAAUUUCUAUUUGGAUUGGGUGCGUUGGAGGCCAUAUGCACGUUUCUAUCGGAGGCCUGAUGCGCAUUUCGAGAGAGCUCUAAUUGCCGGCAUUGCCCGUGUACCACUCCAUUACUUUGAGGAUGUAGAGUACCAGCUCCCAGAAAGGGUCCCAAGGCAAUUCGAUAUGCCGUUGUGUAUACCUCCAGAUCCCCCUGCAGACAUGAGAGGUUUGAGGUAUACCAAUGACAAUCCUUUCAUGCAAGUGCAUCCAUUCUACCGGCAGCAGUAUGUAGACAUGUGGAAUAACUUCGUCCAAAAUGGAGUUGGUAUUGUGGAGCCAGCGGAGAAUGAGAUUUCGGAGGAAGCCUAUAUGGAUUGGUACUACAAUAUCACGAAGCUAAAGAUUAUACCGCCAUCGAGGGCCACGAAAAAUCCGGCCGUGUACCAACAAGCCCGUGACAAAUGCGACGUGUCCAAGGCGAUGGAUUUGAUCAUCACGACUGCUCGAGGUAUGAGCGAGCUCUGUCUGCAUGAGAUGCCCCCGGUUUUCCAUGAUUCCGUAUUACCGACAUUUGUCAGGGGUUAUGACGAGCUCAUGUUAGAGACUUUCGGUCCGACUUAUGAGAGGCCCGACUUCAAGAAUGUGCUGCCCAAAAGGAAGGCAAGAAGGACCACGGAGUCAUCGAGUCAACCGUCUGGGAGUGAUUUCUUCAAAGAGUACGAAGCCUAUGAACAUCCUACAAGUUCUCCUUUCGAGACUACACAAUUUUGCUGA